AUAUUGUUUUUAAAUACCUAUUUGUGUGUGAAGUAUAAAUUAUUAUUAAUAUUUUGCUUUUUAAAUAUUUCUUUACUUCAUUUAAACAUUUGUUUUAAAAACUGCAUAGUUGCCACUUAUAUUUUGAUGUACAUUAUUAAUUUACUCUGUUAAACAUUGAAUCAUUUAUACUAAAAAGUAUAAAAUACAAUGAAUUACAUUUAUUAAAUUAAAUUAAUUAAUUAAAUAAUUCUAUUAUAAUUACAUACUUGCAAAUUGAAAACUAGAUUCUGUAUAAUGGAUGACAAUGAAAUGAAUAUUGCAACUUUUGUUGACUUUUUUGAUUUUGAAUUGCCUGGAAAUGUAUUCAAUAGUGCCAUUGCAUUAGGCGAUGUGGACAAUGACAAUGAAAUAGAACUUGUUAUUGGUAGUGUGGAAGGUGAUUUGUUCAUCUUUAAAGGUCAUCGGCUGAUCCAGAAAAUAUCUGGAUUAGGCAUAAUCACUGCAAUAGCUAUUGGAGACUUAAUGAACUGUGGCAGUAACGCUUUAAUCGUUAUAUCUGGUGAUGGCUGGUGUCAUAUUUAUUUAUGUUUAAAAUUUAGUAAAUUGGAUCCAUCUGAUGAAUGUGUUAUGAAACUUGAACCCGUACACGAUCAGCGAAUCCCAGCAAACACUAAAGUGAUUUUACUAGGUGAUAUAGAUUCUGAUGGAAUGUUAGAACUAAUUGUUGGUUUAACUGACAGAGUGGUACGUUCCUAUCGUUGGAGUCAGAGUGCGGCUGCUGGACGACUAGUACCAUUACAUAAAUGGGAAUGUGCUAACCAAAUUGGAUCGAUUAUAUUGAUUAAGGACGUUAAAAAUCGACCAUGUUUACUUGUUUCUCAACCUGGAGUCACUGCAAUGCGUUUUUAUUGUCCCAUAGCUUUUCCAGAAUUAAUUGAAAAAACAAUUGAAUAUGAAAAUGAAAAUGAAUUGCCCAUAGAACUUCUUAAUCCUUCAAUAUCCUCGGUAAUGGUAGGAGAUCUCAAAGUAGAUAUAAAAUGUGAUCAAGAACUGUUUAAUAAAAAUGAUCAUUUAUAUGGAAUUGCUUCUUUGAAUGGUUUGGUAAUGUUGGCGAAAAAAGAGACAAUUUUGUGGAGUAAAAACAUUGAUCAAGAAUUGUUUAUCAUUAGUAAAUUGUCGAUAGCAGACGGUGGCCCUGAUUAUUUAAUAACAUGUUCAUUAAAUGGAGAUACUCUUAUUGUGGAUCAGAAAAGUCAACACGCAACAUUUAAGUUUGGAGAAUCUGUUUCUGCUUUUUGUUGUGGAAUGUACACAGUAAAACCAAAUACAAAGUCUAUGCCUAGUUUUGUGCUUAUAACUAAUUCACAGAAGGUUUAUAUUUAUUAUGGUUUGAAAUUACCAAAUACAUGUGUCCAGAGUUUAUCAAAAUGUAUUGAAAAUGAGAAUCACCUUUCAACGUUCAUGGAAAAGUAUAAAGGACCAUCAAAAAAAAAAAUUAUUAGAGACUGUCUUUAUAAAUAUAAUCCUAAUAAAAUGUAAUAUAUUGUUUCGCAGUAAGAUAUAUUUUAUUAUUAUAUAAUAUUUUCCAAGGUGAUUUUUUGAAUUCAUUAUGUAUAUUCAAUUUAAAAGAUUACUUAACAAUUACUGCUAUAUUUUAUAAUUAUUUAUGAUAUUUAGUCAAUAAUAGAAGUUUUAAAUUUUAUAAAUAAAGAAAUGCUUUACUUUUUAAAUGAUCUAAUAUUCGAACUCUGCC